UUUAUGUUAAUCUAUGGUUUUGUGAUUUUAUUUACAACUGUUUACAAUUACAAAAUCACAUAUUUACUGCAGAAACCAGAAAUAGUUGAUCGAAAUGAAGGUAUUAUCAAAGAUUAUAGAGUUAGUUAUAAUCUUUGGAUAUUAAAUUUUUACAUCACUGCAUAAAUAACAGACAAAAAUAUAUCUAUCGAUCAUGGCACACACAGCUCACGGUGUUCCUUUGUCCCAAAUUCUAAAAUCGAAGUCCGAACUGGAGGAUGAACCAAAGAAAAAAUCUAGAGAGGACUGGAGAAAAGCUAAGGAAUUAGAAGAAGCUAGAAAAGCUGGUACAGCUCCCGCUGCUGUCGAUGAAGAAGGUAAAGACAUCAACCCACAUAUUCCACAGUAUAUUUCAUCAGCUCCUUGGUAUUAUGGCACCAGCGGUCCUACCCUGAAACAUCAGAGACCUCAAGAAGAGAAGCAGAAAUCCUUUUCAGAUAUAGAUGAAUGGUAUAAGAGGGGAGUUGAUUCCUCGAAAGUUGUUACUAAAUAUCGAAAAGGGGCAUGUGAAAAUUGUGGAGCGAUGACCCAUAAAAAAAAAGAAUGUAUGGAAAGGCCUCGGAAAGUCGGCGCAAAAUUUACAAACGCCCAAAUUGCUCCUGAUGAAUUCGUCCAAAAAAACUUGUUAUUGAGUUAUGAUGGGAAAAGAGAUAGAUGGAGUGGAUAUGAACCAUCAGAACAUACAGCUGUCAUAGAAGAAUUUCAGAAAAUUGAAGAAGCUAAACGACAACUCAAAGCAGAGAAAUUGAACGCUGGUGAAGACUCAGAUGAAGAAAAAGAUGAGGAUAAGUAUGUUGAUGAAAUUGAUAUGCCAGGUACAAAAGUGGAUAGUAAGCAAAGAAUCACAGUUCGUAAUCUGAGAAUUAGAGAAGAUACAGCAAAAUAUUUGAGAAAUUUAGACCCCAAUUCUGCUUUUUACGAUCCUAAAACAAGGUCUAUGAGAGAAAAUCCUAAUCCAGGAAAGGAUGAUAUAUAUUCGGGGGAAAACUUUGUUAGAUUCACAGGAGAUACUCAAAAGCAUUCUAAAGCACAGUUAUUUGCUUGGGAAGCUUAUGAAAAAGGAGUUGAUGUUCAUCUGCUAGCAGAACCAACAAAAUUAGAAUUGCUUCAAAAAGAAUAUGAUAAGAAAAAAGAUCAGUUUAAAAAUCAAGUAAACAAAAGUGUAUUAGAAAAAUAUGGAGGAGAAGAACAUCUACAAGCACCACCUAAAACACUGCUAUUAGCUCAAACAGAAGAUUAUGUGGAAUACUCAAGAUCAGGAAAAGUAAUCAAAGGUCAAGAGAAAGAAGAAAUAAAGUCUAAAUAUGAAGAGGACGUAUAUAUAAAUAACCAUACAUCUGUAUGGGGUUCUUACUGGCAAGGUGGACAGUGGGGAUAUAAAUGUUGCAAAUCAUUUAUAAAGAAUUCAUAUUGCCUAGGAGAAGCUACUGUAAUAAUUCCCACACAAACUAUUGAGCAUGAAGCUAAAGAUGAGGCUGCAAAUAUUGAGUCUAGUGAUUCUUCUAGCCAGUCAUCUUCAGAGGAUGAAUCUAAGAAAAAGAAGGAAAAGAAAAAACAAAAAAAGAAGAAGCAUAAACAGUUGAAAAAGAAGAAAAAUAAGGAGAUCCUAGAAGAAGAUAAACUCAAGAAAGCAUUGAUAGCAGAGGAAGAACAUCAAGCAAAGGUCAAGGCGUUAUUGUCAAUGGAUGAAAGGAAACGUCCUUACAAUAGUAUGUAUGAAGUUAAGGAACCCACAGAAGAAGAAAUGGAAGCUUACCAUCUAAAGAGAAGGAGGGAAGAAGAUCCAAUGAAUCAGUUUUUGAACUAAACAUUUAUCCUAAGAUUGUUCUUGUACAUGUAGUGUAAAUAAUAAAAUUUUGUUAAUACCACACAA